CGGUCUGAUGAGUGGUGGUGACUGGUGACUGGUUCCCGAGCAGAAGUCGAGAUUCCACACGAAAAACUCAUCACCUGAAAUUUCUAGGGUCGGAAAACCCCAAAUUUGUCUUGAGUCUUCGAGUGAUAUGGCUAAAAUCAGUGACUUGUCUGAUGAAUUACUGGUGAAGAUAUUAUCGUUUCUUCCAACAAAAGAAGCAGUAUCAACUAGUGUUUGUCGAAACAAUGGGAGUUUCUUUGGAUGUGGUUGUCCAAACUCGAGUUCUACUUUAGUGAUGGUUCAGAGUCUGCAUGCCUGAGGGAUUUUAUUGCCAAGAAUCUGCCAUUACACAAAGCUCCAAUCAUAGAAAGCCUGCGUUUUUGCUCUUUUUUUGGAUCACUUCAACCUAAGGAUUUGAAAUCGUGGGUUAGAAUUGCAGUUUCUCGCUGUGUGCGUGAGCUAAGCAUCAGUUUACAUGAUACGACAGCUGCUGUAUCAUUGCCCAGUAGUUUGUAUACCUGCAAAUCGCUCGUGACUUUGAAACUUUACGGUAAGAAGGUUCUUUUGGAUGUUCCUCGAACGGUAUUCCUCCCUUCCUUGAAAACUUUGCAACUUGAACGUUUGAGAUACUCAGAUGAAGAUUCUCUUCGCCUGCUUCUAUCCUACUGCCCUGUUCUGGAAGAUCUGAGUAUUGUACGAGAAGACUAUGACAAUUUGAGAGCGUUAGUUGUUAUUGUCCCAUCCUUGCAGCGUUUAUCCUUAGAGAUACCUGGUAAUUGUUCUUCUGAUGGGUAUGUGAUAGUUACUCCUUCUUUGAAGUAUUUCAAAGUUGUGGAUUAUAGAGAAAGUAUGUCCUAUUUGAUUGAGCAAAUGCCAGAGCUGGAAGAGGCAGAUAUUGUUGUUCUGCAGUAUCCCGAGAAGCUUCUCGAAUCAGUUACAUUUUUCAAACGCCUUUCUAUACGCGUAAUAUUCAACACUUAUACAGAGGUCAUCUGCUUUCAUGUCAUGUUUCCUACCUCAUAUUUUUUACUUAAAGACACAAAAUCGGAUUUCUUGAGCUUGAAUCCUUUUUUAUUGUGUUGUCAUGUGUGCAGACUGUGUAUCGUGAUGGAAUAGUCUUCAAUCGGCUUGAAAAUUUGAAGCUAUGUAUAUGCAAUGGUGAUUGGUCCAAGUUACUUAUCCAGUUUCUCAAAGACUCACCUAACCUGCGAGUCCUCAAUCUCCUCGUUGAUGAUUAUCCGUCAAGUUUGGGGGAUUAUGAACCGGUUCGCUGGAAAAAUAAUAAGAGCUCCGUCCCGAAAUGUUUGUUGGAGAGUCUUGAAACUUUUGAGUUUGCAGGUUACAUAGGAACACCUGAAGAGAGGGAUUUCUUGAGUUAUAUCUUCAAACAUGCUCGUUGCUUGAAAUCUUCAUCAAUCUUAAGCAGACCAGAACGGUAUCAUGGAAUUUGAGUUUUAUGAGAUAUGCUUCACAAUAGAAACUUGAAAAUGAUCUAAGAGUAUGGUUUUUUGUAUUUCUUCUUCGAAUGUGGGAACUUGUUUUCGAACAAUCUAUCGUCUGGCUUUUAUGUGGUAAACUACAAUCUGUAUGUCUCUGCCUUAUGGCCUUGUAAACUACUAGUUCGGAAGCUCAGUCAAAUAGUCUCAUGCCUGUUUAAGAA